UCGCAAUCUUUAUUUAGAAAACUUGAGUAGUAAAUAAACACGUAUUAUUCUUCGCUGCCGUUUAAUAUUUAAAAAGAUCGCCAUGUCGAAAGUAUCAAGCUCUAAACCUGAUUUACUUAAGAAAUGGAUAAAGAAUGCUAAACAUUUAUCCACUGAUGGAACAGUUGUAUACUGUAACGCGUGUUUAAAGCACGUAUCCUCAAACCCGAAAUUUCAGAUCGAUCAACACCUUGCUACCGCCAUUCACAAGGAAAUGGCGAAACGAUUUAACGGGAAAGUGCGACAAACGUUUGUUUCAACUGCAUUAUAUAGCAGCUCCGAACAAAACCAGGAUUCUAAAAAUGAAUUUUAUUUUGAUUUAUGCAAGCCCAUGGCACAAUCAAACAUACCAUGGAAUAAAUUAGAACAACCGACGUUCCGUAAAUUUUUAGAAAAAUAUUGUAGCCGCCAUAUCCCAAAUGAAUCCACAUUGCGCAAAAACUAUUUGAAGAAAUGUUACCAGGUACGUUUAGAAAAUAUUAGGGAAAAGUUAUGCAACACAAAUAUUUAUAUUCAUGUUGACGAAACAACAGAUGCAUAUGGUCGCUAUGUUGCCAAUAUACUUGUUGGUAUUUUAAGCGAAUCUACCCCUCCAGUGUCUUAUUUAAUUAAUUCUGCAGCCUUAGAAAAAACCAAUCACUCGACCGUUGCACGUUUUAUUAAUGAUAUGUUAACCCUACUACAUGCACCAAAUCCAGUUAUAUCAGAAAACGUAAAAUUGAUGCUUUCUGAUGCGGCCGCUUAUAUGAUCAAGGCUGGAAAAGGUUUACUGGUAUUUUACCCGGAAUUAAUAUACUAA